ACCUCAUAGGUGCAUUAGCAUCAGGGAGGAGACAUGAGGUGAGCGUGAGCCUGAAUUCCACAGUCAGACCUGUCAUUUACUCUUUCUCUCCGGGCCUCGCAUCAGUCUGCGACUCUCUUCUAAUCUCUCACAGUAGCUGAGAGCUCCAUGCAGCAGUGUUUCGGCUCCACGUACAGCUAAAUGCUGCGACAGUGCUCUCAAUGACCAAGACAUGCUCGCCUUUGCUUUAGUUGCUGGCUCUGUCUGGGUUAUACUAGAGCUCAGUUCCACGCUUAUGGAGAAGAUGCAGUCACGGGAUCUGCUGCUUGGUCUUCAGCUCCCUGAGCUGGAUGAUCUGGGUCAGUUCAUACAAUCCCUGCCCACCUCCACAUUGGUGGGUUUGGGAGCGCUCACCGCUGUGCUGGCAUACUGGUUCGCGACACGCCCUCGUGCCAUUAUUCCACCCUGUGACCUCCGGCACCAGUCACAGGAAGAAGAGCUGGAAGGUGGCGCUCGCAGGUCCAUGAUGGGCAACAGCUCCAAGCUGCUUUCAUACUACCAUGAAGACGCCAAGACAAUGUAUGAGGUGUUCCAGCGUGGGUUACAUAUAACUGGUGAUGGGCCAUUUUUAGGCUGCAGACUACCCAAUCAGCCCUACAAAUGGCUGUCUUACAAAGAUGUCUUCAGCAGGGCGGAGCAUUUGGGGUCUGGUUUGCUGUCUCAGGGUUGUCAGCCCAAUACUGAUCAGUUCAUUGGGGUGUUUGCACAGAACAGGCCAGAGUGGAUCAUUUCUGAGCUGGCAUGCUACACAUAUUCAAUGGUGGUGGUGCCACUUUAUGAUACUCUUGGACCUGACGCUAUACGGUAUAUCAUUAACACAGCUGAAAUCUCCACAGUGAUCUGUGAUAAAACAGAGAAAGCCAAGGUACUCCUGGGAAAUAUUGAGAGAGGAGAGACACCAGGUUUGAAGAGCAUCAUCCUCAUGGACGCUUUUGACUCUCAGCUCGUGGAGGAAGGACAGAAGUGUGGAGUUCAUAUCCAGGCCCUGACAGAUGUCGAGGCUUUAGGUAGGGAGCACUGUAGGAAGCCAGUGCCACCUCGACCUGACGACCUGUCCAUUGUCUGCUUCACCAGCGGCACCACAGGAAAUCCAAAGGGGGUGAUGCUGACCCACGGGAAUGUUGUUGCCGACUUUGGUGGCUUUUUGAAAGUGACUGAUAAAGUAAUUUUUCCGAACCAAGAUGAUGUUCUCAUUUCCUUCCUGCCUCUUGCCCACAUGUUUGAGAGGCUGAUUGAGUCAGUGGUAAUCUGCCAUGGUGGGAGGAUUGGCUUUUUCCAGGGUGAUAUUCGUCUUCUACCAGAUGACAUGAAGACUCUCAGACCCACCAUUUUCCCUGUGGUGCCUCGUCUCCUAAACCGUAUGUAUGACAAGAUCUUCAGUCAGGCCAAUACCCCACUGAAGCGCUGGCUGCUGAACUUUGCAGCCAAGAGAAAAGGAGCCGAGGUGAGUCGAGGUGUAAUCCGCAGUGACAGCAUAUGGGACAAGAUCUUCUUCCAUAAGAUCCAGGCCAGUCUGGGUGGGAGGUUACGUAUGAUCAUCACCGGUGCGGCUCCUGCCUCCCCAUCAGUCCUGGGUUUCCUGAGAGCAGCUUUGGGGUGUCAGGUGUAUGAAGCCUACGGUCAGACAGAGUGUACUGCUGGUUGCACAUUUACCACUCCUGGAGACUGGACAUCUGGUCAUGUGGGUGCACCUCUGCCAUGUAAUCUCAUCAAACUCGUGGAUGUGGCAGAGAAGAACUACUUUGCUGCUAAAGGAGAGGGAGAGAUUUGUGUAAAAGGCCCAAACGUGUUUAAGGGUUAUCUGAAAGAUCCAGUGAGGACCGCAGAGACGCUGGAUGCAGACGGAUGGCUUCACACAGGAGACAUUGGAAAAUGGCUACCAAGUGGCACAUUGAGUAUCAUUGACAGGAAGAAGCAUAUCUUUAAAUUAGCUCAAGGUGAAUAUAUUUCACCAGAGAAAAUAGAAAAUAUCUACAUCCGUAGUGAACCAGUGUCUCAGCUCUACGUCCAUGGCGACAGUCUGCAGUCAUGUCUGGUUGGAAUCGUUGUCCCAGACCCAGAGGUUUUUCCCUCAUGGGUACAGAAGAAAGGAUUUGAGGGAUGCUUUGAAGAACUAUGUGAUAAUAAAGAAGUGAAGAAAGCCAUCCUAGAUGACAUGGUGUGUUUGGGAAAAGCAAGUGGCCUCCACUCAUUUGAGCAGGUUAAAGACAUACACAUUCAUAAAGAAAUGUUCUCUAUACAAAAUGGUUUGCUGACCCCGACAUUAAAAUCCAAGAGACCAGAGCUGAAGGAGUAUUUCAAGAUGGAGAUUGAGCAACUGUACAGCAAUUUCUCCAUGUAAUAGUACUGUCACUAAAACAUGAGGAUGUUAUAUUGACAUUGAAAUUCAUUAACCAUUUUUUCUUCAUUCUUCAAAAACUAGCUGGCACAAAAUAAUCCAAAUGAGCCAUGGGCAUCAAGACAACGCAUGAGCUUACUCGCUAAAAGAGUAAUUAAAAGAGUAAUUCUCCCUUUGGCAGUGAAUGUCAACAGUUGGUGUGCCUUUAGAGAUGUGGCAGAAAUACAACCAAAAUUAAGUCCGCCUCAGAAAACAGAAGCAGUUCCAGCUAGUAUGCAUGCUUGAUCAUUUUUUAUUCAGUGGCCUGAGGAUAAAGUUAUUUCCCCCAACAAUAUUCAUUCUCAUUUAGGUUUUGUUUAUGGGUCCAAAAGAAAAGUCAAAUCAGGCCGAGCUAAAAGCAAUGCAUGAUGAUGUGUACCCAGCAUUCCAUGAGACAGUCUCAAUAGAAAGUUCUACUCAUACAGUACAUACAUACACAAUGAUCACGUUAAUAUUGUCUGCUUGUCUGUGUAGUACAGAUCUACAAAUGUUGCUCACUUGAUAAUAGUGAGCAUGCCAUUCAAUUUUGGGCUGACUUGAAAAAUAAACUAGAUUUUCAGUUUUUCCAUCCCAAAGUAUUUCAAUUUUAGUGUACAUUUUGAAGAAAUGUAGAUGUGAAACUAUUUAAUCUAUGGUUUGAAGUGUAGAAACAAAACUGUAAUAUUUUAAUCUUCUCUUGAAUUGUAUCAGAACUUUAUCUUUGUAUUUAAUGAGGGCAAUAUUAUUUGGGACAGGAAAAAAACAUAAAUAUCUGCAGAGAUUUUUUAUUUAUUUUUGUUUAUUUUAUGGAUUUUAAAAUGCACUUCACACGUCACCUUUCACUUUCAGGCCUUUUCUACCUGUCUGUUCAGUCUUUAUUGAAGUAUUGGUCUUUUUGGUCUGUUUGCUAGCAGAUUAUUGACUAAGCUUAUUACAUUUUCAGGUUUAUUUAUUUAUUAACUUAUUAUGAUCAUUUUAUUAUAAAUGUAUCUCCCUUUGGAUGCCACUGAGCUCUGCACAACUUUAUGCAUACUGUAUUUUAUUCUUUCUUUUUUUUUUUCCCCCAAAGAAAAAAACAUGUACAUUCCUUCUAAUUUCAGUGGACAGUAUGCCAAAAUAUCAAACUAUAAUAUGUCUGAAGCAUUAUAAAAUAUUUAAGACAUUUGCAAAUCUGCAAUAAUGGCCUGAACACUCCUUCCUUAAAUUUGUUUUCAAACUUGCAGGGGAAAGAAGAAAAAAAAGAGAAAAGAAUAACGUUUUUCCACAAUUUUGACCAUCGAUUUAUGUUUUUGUUAUUUAAACAGUCCACUUGCAUCUUUUCCUUGUAGUAAAGUAUUUUAUGGGCAUGUACAUCUCUGCAUAUACACAAAGAUAGUGAUGAGUGUGUGCAAAAAAUAAAAAAAAUAAACAAUUCUUUUUAAUAAUU